AUGCUUGGGGAGAUCCUGGCCUGUAUAGCAUGUAAGAGGAAAAGAAGCCUUGCACACUGGAUCAUAUCUACGGCGUCGGACGUCAUCAAGACCAGUGUCAGGUUGCACAGGACGCCAUGGAUAUCGCCUCCUGCUCUGUACCUACAACAGGACAGUCUCCACCAACGCCGAUCUCCGAUCGCCCUUCUCGAAGUUGCACGGCAUCAACUACCUCGUAAUCGUCUUGCAGGAAAAAAAGUCCAGGUAGACGGACGUGAGGCAGCUGAGUUGUGGCACACCCAUCAUUUGUGGUGUGAGAAAGAUCACGGAACGUUGGAGGCGUUGGAUUUGUCGUACACCCCUCUGUUGUCCAUCUUGUCAGUUCGCAUGAGAUCCUAUCGCCUUGCCUGGCUACCCUUCGACUUCGUCCUCUGUAUCAGAUAG